CCUCACGUGAGCCGCCAACGCUGAGUCGCGCGCCUCGCUGUAGCGUCAGAGCCGGCCUUCGCUCGCUCACUUUUCGGUGUCUACACCUGGUGGCCGUGCGGGCGCGCGGGCCAGAAGCGUUCCCGAAGAGUCAGACGCGGAGGGGAAGCAGGUGUGCAAGUCUAAGUGUCGCCGCGGCGCACUCUCGGCGAGAAUCGGGAGGAGGAGGAGACUGCAAGGAUAGGCCCAGGAGCAAUGGCGUCCAAAGAGGAACAAGCAGUAAAAAAUCUCAACGUGGAGAAUGCCAAACAGGAAAAUGAAAAAAAGGAUGAAAAGGAGCAGGUUGCUAAUAAAGGAGAGCCUUUGGCCCUCCCUUUGGAAGCUGGUGAAUAUUGUAUGCCUAGAGUAAAUCGUAGGCGGUUCCGUGUUAGGCAGCCCAUCCAGCAGUAUAGAUGGGACAUGAUUCAGAGGCUUGGAGAACCACAGGGAAGAAUGAGAGAGGAGAAUAUGGAAAGGAUUGGGGAAGAGAUGAGACAGCUGAUGGAAAAGCUGAGGGAAAAGCAGUUCAGUCAUAGUCUGCGCGCAGUUAGCACCGACCCUCCUCACCAUGACCAUCAUGAUGAGUUUUGCCUUAUGCCUUGAAUCCUCAUGUUUUUCCUGAAGUUAAUAGGAAGACACACCUUCCUAAAGUUAAUGUUCUCAGUGUACCUUUGUUGUCAACCUUUUGGUGUUACAUGUUUCUUGUGGGUCUCCUAUGACCAACUUCUAACUGAAUGUUGUAUUUUGACCCAAAAUGUAAGAUUCUGUCAGCAAGGGAGUUUUACCCUAUUGCAUGGCAAGAUGUUCAGUAUAUAUUGUGAAGUUAAUAAAGCAGCUUAAAAGACA